UGGGGUGAUUUUUGGUAUCAUUACACAUCUUGUUCUCGUACCGUUCACAACGUACGCUCAGUUUCGUUCGUUUCGUACAAGACGCACUCGUCUUUUCGGAAUAUCAACAUCGUCAACAUUGUCGUAUCAGUUCAGUGAAGUUCGCUGAAGGAGUACACAUUGGAGAAAAAAAAACACGAAGAUCAGUGAGAGUGAGAUUUCAAGAAAGCAAAACAAAAAAGGACGUUCCUCGUGAAGGAAGAGUGAAGUGAUAACAAGCACGUGUGCGAAAGCCAAAAAACGAACAGUUCAAGUGACGAACCAAAACAAACCACAACACAACACAAUGGUUUACGGAAAUAUGAUUGCUGAGCCGGUGAUGGGUGGCAAAAUUGCACAGCCCAGUUCGCUGGAACCGGUGUCGCGGACAUACCAGUACCGCAAAGUGAUGAAGCCGAUGCUGGAGCGCAAGCGUCGUGCCCGGAUCAACCGUUGCCUGGAUGAGCUGAAGGAGCUGAUGGUGUCCGCUCUGCAGAAUGAGGGUGAAAAUGUGUCCAAGUUGGAGAAGGCUGACAUCCUGGAGCUGACCGUGCGCCACUUGCACAAGCUCCGUCGUCAGCAGAGACUCGCCGUCAACCCAGUCAUCGAUGCCGACCGCUUCCGCGCCGGAUUCACUCAUGCCGCCAACGAAGUGUCCCGCUGCCUGGCCUCCACCUCCGGAGUCGACAUCAAGCUCGGAACCAAGCUCAUGACCCACCUCGGACACCGCCUGAAUGAUCUGGACAAAGUCAGCCCGCUGUCCGUCCAGUGCGAACAGAACCUCCAGAGCCCGCCGAUCUCGCCCUUCUCCAGCUCGUCCUCGUCCGCAUCCGCCGCCGAUCUGCAGUCCUACCAGAUGCCUCUGACCCCGCAAUCGUUCCGUUCCGGCAGUGGCAACCCCAACAGCCCGUCGCCCAACCCCAGCGAAUGCUCGUCCACCGGCAGCGAGUCCCAACAAUCCCUGCUCAAGAUUCAGGAAUCCGUCUGGAGGCCGUGGUAAAUCUGAAACUCCACCGUGAAACCGGUACCAGUGAAGCAAGACUUAUCACUCAACGCAACCAAAUUCCUCAAUCCAGAGAUCUCAAGAGACAACAAGACAACAAAUCAACUUUUUAAACAAAAAAUCAACACAAUAUAUCAAUCGUAUCGUAUGGGUAUAGCUUUAAUAGCAAGUAGGACACUUUUGCACGCGCACUUCAAAUGUGCGCGCUAGAGAGUUUGUGAUAUUAAACGUUCUUUAGGGAAUAGGCCUUAAGCAUUUUUGUUAGUACUUUUUCGCGCGCUGAAAAAGCCUUUUUAUUUCUGCAUUUAGCUCAGAAAAUUUUAGCCUCUAAGAAACCUAGAUGUUUGUUCGACUAAGACUUAAGAUUGUUUACAAAUUGCGCAGUUUGCGCAAUUUCUGUGAUUAUAUAAGCAAAAAAGACAAAACAAAAUCAAAAAAUCACUUGAAAAUACAAUCAAA